UAAACAACUGGAGGACCGUGAUUGACCGUGAUACUUUUUGUUUUCCACUCCUUGUGCUAAUUUCGUUUAUCCAUUACAAUGUAUUGUGCACUGCAAAAACAAUAAUUCAUUCUUAAACAAAACAUUCCACUGGAAUGCGUUCGGAAAGUUCUUGUGAAAUUGUGUCGAAAGUACAAGUGUAAUUCAAGGAGUUUUUAAUUUAAUUAGUUUUCAUAUUCAUUGGUUAAAUCGCAUGGUGACGUCAUGGCAGGCGGCGGCGCGUGGUCGCGGCGCGUGGCGGGGCGCGCGCGCACGCUACGGGGGCUGGUGCGCGACACGCAACGCGCGUUGCACGACGUGGCAGACAUACUGCACUAUGAUCCAGAAAUCUUAACAGCAGUGCAAGAGAUCGGGCAGCUGUCCAGCCGGUUGACAGCGCUGGUGGUGCUCGGAACAACUGCAGAGGCGCGGGCGCGGCUGCUGCACUGCUUGCUGGGCAGACGACUGCUGCCGGAUCGACCUCCCAUUGGAUGCAGAUGGUUGCGUAUCCAAUACGGGGCCACGACCCAAGUUCACCUUACCCUUGGGAACUCCGAAUUCGAGCUGGUUGAGGACUUGGAGUGUAAUAAGAGACCUUGGGAGACGCUGCCGAUCCAGGACCUCGUCCGCCAAGACCACACAGACUUAGCCACGAUGCUGGAAAUAGAACUGAACAACCCCUUCCUAAAAGACGGUCUUCGCAUCAUAGUGCCUCCAGACAUCGACCACGACACCUGCCACAACCUACAGACUUUAAAACACUUACAUUCCGAAUUAUACUCGAAAAGGGACUUAAUACUUAAGAAUUUCAAUCCAGUGUACCUUUACGCGGUGGAUAGAAUCGGCAAGAAUGUGUUCAGUGAUAGUUUUGUGUCGAAUAUGGUGACGUCACGGAGUGAAGAGGACUUUUGGAGUUCGUUCAACUUGUAUAAUAUGACCCGGUCGAGUUGUGACAGUGGGGAGAACGGGGAGGGUGGCGAAAGUGAUAAAAGUGAGGUGGUGGAGGAACGGCCGUGGAAGGGGGGCGGGGAGCCGGCUGUGUUUACGUCAGAGAACUGCCUAGACCUCCACCAAGUGAAAGACAUCAACCCGCACUCCCAAGUUCUGUUCGUGCUGUUCUCUGACAGCAGAGACAUCAGAGAAGGGAACAGAAUGGAAGACAGAGUGAGGGUGUGCAUAGAAGCCACGGAGUCCACGGAAGACGCCGUGUACUCCGCUGAGGAGUUGCCCGAGUCAGACCAGGAGCUUAUAAGACAUUCCGAAGAAUCUCCGCGGCCAAAGAAGAAAUCGACUGACAGCAGAAGACUGAACGAAGAACAAAACGCAUUCAUGAAUGAUUUACUUGAUCAAUGGGAAUUAAUGUCCAACCCCACCCCAAAACACUACGUAAAGAGCCAAUCCCUAAUAAUAGACGACAGUGAAAUCCUGCGCACAUCAGAACAACGGCCUUUAGCGCCGCCGAUCGCAAACGCCAUACUCAACGCCGACUCCAGGAGUAAGCGGGACGGAGAGAGCGAUCGGAUAGUGAAGAGCAGGACGGCGCUACUGAAUAACACCGUGAAGUUUGCCACGGAUUGUUUGCAAAGUUAUUUGCUGGAGUAUUGCACCAGGUUGAGUGAGAACCACGUCAAACUGCUCCAGCAGUUCAUCCUAGCAUCUUUCGACAUGGCCCGCGAGUUGCAAGUCGUUCCCAAGAAGAUACAAUACGUGGCCACUCAAGAACAGCAGUUAUACGAGACUAUCAACGAGAAGUUCUCUGAUGGGGAUAAGAAACAGGAAUUGCUGCAAAUUAUGCAGGAGGUUCUGCAGGAGAUGAGAGCGGAGGUCAACAAUAUGGACUGGAGUGUCGAUGACCUGCCCUGCCACCAAGACCGUCGCUUCGUGAUAUCAAACUCGGUGUUCUACUCGUGGUCUCCCACCAGUCCGGGCCGCGUCCGCCUGACCGAACCAGCGGAUGCCGCAACAUCCGCAUCCGCAUCCGAUGGGGAGGAGGCGGUCUCUUGCGACAGCUAUAAUUUUGAAGACUAUGAGAUUAUACAGGAGACUGAUGAAAGCUUGAGCGUCAGCGAGUCUUUUAGGAAGUCCAAGCAAGACGACUCGAGCCCAGUCUCGUCCCAGAUCGGCUCCAUCCGCAUCGAGAAUGAAUCGUCCAGCUGGGGCUCGCCGCGUUGGAGCGCCGGUGCCGUCUGCAACAACGACAGCAACAUGUCGCUGAAACAGGCCUCUUUAGACGUGCAGCAGACUGUUCUGUCGAAAUUGAGUCGCAAGAUCAGCCUGAAGUUAGUGAAAUUCGUCGACUGCCUCAAGGAUACGUAUUUUGGAACGUUGCAAAGAUGCCUGGAUUCUCUGGAGUCUUCAUGCCGCCAAGAGUUAGGCGGGCGGCCGGCCAGCGAGGCCAUGCGACAGUUACUGUCAGUGGCGCGCCAAGUGGACUUGCAGCCAUGUGCUUCCUUCUCACUGCUGCGUUCGAUGCUGGAUUCGCUUCGACGGCUGUUCUCCAGACUGCGGAUAGUGGGCAGCGAGGGCGAGGAAGCAUGCUGCGUGCUGAGUCCCGUGUGGCGCCGCCAGGUGGCACUACACACGGCGCACUCGCUCGGCCCGCAGCGCCUGGCCCGGGUCAUCUCUGCACAGAUAUUAGAGAGGUUGAGCGAUGCCCACGAGAGGUACCAGUCAGCUCUCACGUCUCUGGAGUCGGCGCUGGCCAACCGGCUGCAUCACACCGAAGAUAUUAAGCUAGCUAUUAGGAAAAAAUACGCUCCGUCCUUUGCGCGUUUAUGCCUCGAGAGCACAUCGAUGUGUGAUUUGCUCAUGUACGGGACUCCAGAGUUGGGAAGAGAAAUUGGGCGCGGCCAGUACGGCGUGGUGUACGCGGUCCGCGGCGGCUGGGGCGGGCGCAGCCCCGCCGCCGUCAAGUCCGUGCUGCCGGCCGAUGAGAGGCACUACCACGAGCUGGCCAUGGAGUUCUUCUACACCAGGUGAGGAGCACAGGUUCAUAGGCGAGGCAAGGACAGUAG